AUGCGAAAAUUAGAAUAUUAUAACCGCCGCCAAGGAGAAUUGGAAAACAGUUAUGCUCGCCAACAAGAAUUACUAAGAAAAAAAGAUGAAGAAGUUCGCCAGCUUAAUGCGAAAUUACAAGAAAUAGGUGCUAAGUAUAAUAUAAACUUAAAAAAGGAAAAAGCACUUUUAGAGGCUAAUUUUAAAAAACAGCAGCAACAAAUCAACUCCUUGACGGAGGAAUUGAAAGAAGUCCAAGACAAGGAAAAAGAUAACCAAGUUUCUAUUGAGGAAGCAAAAAAAGCCUAUGAAAGGAAAGAGAGUGAAUUAACAAGAUUACAAGAGGAGCAUGAAAGAUAUAAAACUAAUAGUCGCAGAACAUUAAGUAAAAAUGCGGAAUUGGAAAAUAAAUUAUCCCGAACCACUCGGGAAAAAGGAGAAUUAGAGGAAAAGAUAAAAAAGUUAGAGGAAGAGGUGGGAGUAUUGCGGGAAGUGGCAAAAUCAGUAGGAGAAACCGCCCGCACCGAGAAAGGUGAGUUAAGAAGUAAAGUAGUCGAACAGGAAGAAACAAUAAUUAGACAAAAGGCAAGGAUAACAGAGUUAGAGGCAGAUUUGGAAAGCGAUGGAGCGGCAGCGGAAAUUCUAACUAAGGCAUUUGGAGAAGAAAGGAACGAAGUUGAACAGGAAAAAUUAACUUUGACUGGAGAUUUGGAAAGAUUAAACACCGAAUUAGCCAAAAUUAGUUCUGAAAAGGAGGAGUUAACUACUCAAAUAACUAGAUUAAAUACUAAAAUAAACGAACUUACUAAGGAAUUACAAGAAAAUUUAAAAACUGCGGAAACUGAAAAAGGAGAAUUAGAGACUAGACUAGCCGAAGUUUUGGCUUCGGUUGAAACUUUAAAUAAGCGAAUAGAAGAUAUUGAAAGUGAUAAAGAUGCUUACCGAAAACAAUAUAUAGAGGAAGGAAGAUUAAAAUACGAAAAAGAAUUGAAAAUUACCGAAUUGGAAUCCCAAGUAGCCGAUUUAAAGAAAAAAGAAGUCGAGUUGGAAAAGCAAGUUUCCCACUUAACCGCCCAAUUAGUCGCGAUUCCCUCCAUUAGCUCCGAGGCCGAAAAAAUAAUAACGAAACUUACGGCGGAGAAAGAAGAUUUAACCAAAAAAGUUGCUGACUACCAAGCGGAAAUUAUUAACAAUAGAGAAGCAUUCAAAGCAGAAAUUAACCAAAAAAAAGAGGAAGUUGCGGGGUUAGAAAAUGAUAUUAAAAAUGAAAAAGCUAAUAUUAGUGGAGGAUUAGCCGAGGAGUUAGAAGCAUUAAGAACAACCAAAGAUAGCGAGUUAGCCGCCCGCGAAUUAAAAAUUAUUGAGGAUGCGAAAUUAUUGGAAAAGGCCGAAAAUGCUACUACUAAACUAGCCGAGGAAAAUAAGGAACUAGGAGAGAAAUUAAAAAGUUUUAGUGUUGAUUACAAUAAUAUUGAGGAGAGAUUAAACGAGGUCGAAAGCAAAACAGAAAAGAUUACGGAGGAAAAGAAAAGUGCCGAGGAAACUCUAACUUCAUUACAAAGUGAAAAUUCAAGUCUGCGGAGCGAAAAUAAUUCCUUAUCCUCACAAUUAUACUUCAAGGAAGGUGAUUUACGGCGAAGUAAUGCGAAAAUUUAUGAGAUAAAACAAGAAAAAACGGACUUAAACCAGCAAAUAAGCGACUUGCGAAGGGAAAUUGCCGAUAAAGAAACGGAAAUAAACAAGUUGCAGGAGAUAAUUGAUGGGUUAAAACCUUUAAAGAAAAGUUUAGGAGUUGGUAGAGAACCGCAAGUAAAACAUUUAGUUGAUUUAUUGGCGGGGGAGCGAAAUGAAUUAAAGGAGCAAAAUGCUGAACUUACCAGCCAAAUUGCCAUCUUAACUGCUGAAUUAGAAACUAAUAAAGAACAAAAUGAGGAAGCCGAAAAGCGAAAUAGUAAAACCAUAAAUGAUUUAGUUAAGCAACGAGAGAAUAACCAAGAACAAAUUGACAAGUUAAAUAAGGAUCUAAAUGACCUAACUACCGAAAGAGAAAACACCCAAAACUUAACCAAGCAAAUCCAACAACUAACCAGACAACGAAACAUUUUUCAGCAGCGAUAUCAAGGACAGAGAGACCAGUUAACGAUUACCGAGCAGGAAUUAGCCACUAUCACCAAAAACCAUGCUAAUU